UUAACUACAUACAAACGUCAAAGUUUAUUCUGAAAUCGAUUAAUGUUAUCUUGACAGAUAAGUUGUUAUUUGCUUUAUUUCUUCAACAAUUAUCGUUUUUGUUUACCUCGUCUAUGUUUGUCACCGGAAAUUCGAGUACGUAGCACGAAACUGCAGCGAAAUCUUGAUUGAACCGCAGCAUGAAACAUUAUUAUUGUUGGUGAGACAUGACUGGAAUGGCACCAUCUGAGAGAAGACUCCGAAAGGAGUUAAUGUCUUUAAUCAAAGAACCACCACCUGGAGUAUCUGUGGAUUCAGAUAUUGCAGAACAAAAUUUACUAAUAUGGGUGAUAAAUAUGGACGGCGCCGCAGGCACUUUGUACGAGGGCGAACAGUUCCAGCUCCAGUUCAAGUUCAGUGACAAGUACCCCUUCGAAUCGCCCGAAGUCACGUUCGUCGGCAACAACAUUCCUAUACAUCCGCACGUUUAUAGCAACGGGCACAUUUGUCUGUCCAUACUGACCGACGACUGGUCGCCCGCGCUAUCUGUUCAAUCCGUCUGUCUUUCGAUCGUAUCGAUGCUCAGCAGCUGCAAAGAAAAGCAAAGACCUCCAGAUAAUUCCUUUUACGUUAAGACGUGCAACAAAAAUCCAAAGAAAACUAAAUGGUGGUAUCAUGAUGAUUCUGUAUGAUUCAGAGCUAAUCGAAACUUAACAAAAGGAUGUGAUCUGUAUAUUAUGUAAUUCAAGGCAAAUAGUUUACAAACUAUAUUUUAUUAUUUUAUUCCUAGAUUGUAUUGCGAAACUAUAUAAGAAUGGAUCUAUUUAUUUUUUAUUAGAUUAAAAAAUUUUAUGAUUUUCGACGCAUCAAAUUGUUUUUAUUGAUAAACUAGAAGUAAGUGUUAACGAAAACUUGUUGGCUUUUCUGAUAUGUCCACACAAUGUUGUUGAUUUAGUGAGAAAAUAAACGUGGAAAAAAUAUUUCAAAUUUUUUCUCUGUACCAUUUUAUUAUUAGGACUUAAAAUUUUGGGAGUGUUAAUGCUAACUGAAUAAAUAAAGUAAUUUUUUAUCAUU